CUCUCCGCUGUUUCAAGACUUGCAGACUGGGUGCCUUGCCUGCAUGCAUGCACUUUAUGGCCUUGUGCCCUGUUCCCAUGGCUUUCAAGAAAACAGUUUUAACCUUAACAUGAUCUCCCGAUCCACGUUUACAACCUAGAAGUCUAAGUUACGCAACGUUUGGCCGCAUACUUUCAUGGUUCGAAGAUGACCGUAUGGUAUGGGUUCCUCUACUUUCCUCUACGACUUUUCACUGCACAGCGCGUGUCUUUAGUUGGGACAUACGUUAUGCAACAGAAUGCCAAGUCGUUUUCCCGACAAAUGGAGGUAUAUGCUAGCAGACAAACAGCCUCAAGACUCUCGAUGGUUCCGGUAAGAUUGAGCUGCAAGACCCACGUCGCCGCGUGCAACAAUGAGGGUAUCCAGGUAGGUGGGUAUUUGCUGCUGUUCGGUCCUGGACUCCUGGCAAAGCGCCGGUAAUGUGAAGCAUAGAUGGAGAACGAACUUCGUCACAGCCGUAGUAUGGUGGCAAUUGUGAUUGUGAAGCACCUGUGUUGGAGUUUGGAGUCAACCUUACAGGCAAGACGAUCACUGGGGAAGUGCUCAAAAUCAAUCGCUGCGAUGACGAUCAUGUACUAGGCAGCUAUUCGAAGCUCGUUCACAGGGAUUGGCAUGAAAUACUUGUUGGGCUUCGAUUUCUGACUGCUACUUCUGCGCUUCACCAAGUUCUUCGACUCUAAACAGUAUCUGUCUUUUCUCGUUUGGCUCGUGCCCAUCCGAGUGCAAGUGGCAAGAAGCUGUCAUCCACCAAGGAACAUUCAAUGAGAUACUUCAAUGCUCUUCAGACGAUACGUCAGACUGAAGUCAUGAAAAGUUGACCAACGUUGCCGCACAUGCCAAGGCUUACGACUGUUAUGCUAGGUGGGUUAUGCUUGAAGUGUACGGAGGUACUGCACAAUCUCCUCGUCCUCCGAGCAUAACAAAAUGCUCCUGCUCAAGCUCAUCUCCUGGACCUCUCAAUUCAUGUGUGUCUAGAUUGGCAGCCGAUAGGAUAACAAAAGUGUUCUGUCCUCACAACCAAAACCGGUUCAAGUAAGAUUACUGUCAUCAAUUCCAACAUCCAGACAUCUGAUCUUGAUGCUUUGCUAAACGCCAAGUGGUCGCGCGCGGCUUGGAGUUCGAAAUAGAGGGGGGCUUGGACUGGCCAUGCCAGCCAACUUUCGUCUCUGGAGAGUCCACCCCGCUUUUCUUUACUGUGCCGUUCUCUGUAAAGACAGGGCAGUUCGGGUCGUCUCCAGGGGCUCCACGACGACCAACUGUCUGCUACAAACAUCUCUCCGCAAAAACAGAGCACAUAUACAAACAGCGGCAGUGCGAUUGCUCUUCCGGAUCGCCAUUCAUAUCGGCAUGCCAGUUAUAAUAACAUGCACGAAGCUCCAGCAGCGGCCUGAUAUCAAACCCUCAUGUGUUCCAUGGCAUUGAAGCCCGCAAAUGCCCCUCGUUAAGCGAGCAAAUACCCCUGAGAAAGGCCUCCCUUUGCGGCACAUCUCGUCUCAGCGCCAUGGGCUGAAACCCAAUACAGCCACCACCCCGGUCUCACAUCCUCACUUCUUAAUUAAUUGUCACCCACUCCAGACUCACUUCAGAACACUGGCGUUUGAGCAUGGAGAUCAUGGUUUCUGCCCGCUUUCGCUUCUUCGUCUGGCUCCACCUUGUCGUUCUCCCAGCCAGCUUGACCGAUUGUCAUUCUGUCAACCUGACCUAACCUUACUUUUGCCUUUCGUUCUUCUUACCUUCGCAAACAUCGUCAACAGUAUGGUUGGGGUGGAGAACUGAUGGCCUGGGAGCCUCUGUGAUUGAUACUUUCUUCUUGCUUGCUUUUUGAUAUACACUCCUUGGAGCGACUGGUGUCGCUUUUCAUUCUAUCAUCAUGUCGAGCCCAAACCUGCCGGCAGGAUUUUCAAUCACGACUAUAGACGGCCAGCGAUGUACAGCCGUUCCACGGUCUCUCACGACCUUGACAGGAUCUUUGGCAACAGCGGCGGCAGCGCAACCACCGACCACCACCACAGCAGUCAUUGCUUCGACGACCCCUCCCGUCGCCGUCCCGACGACUUUGGCGACGUCAAUUCUACAAAAUACCGUAGCAGAUCCAUCAGCUACGACACCAACACCAGCGGUAUCCGUAGCUAGUACUCCCGGUUCCAGUGCUGUGCUCCCUGCUGUUCUUACAACUCCAGUUCAGAGCCCAGUUUUGAGUGCCCCAGUUGUCAGUUCCGCGAUUGCGGCGUCCAAAUCAACGACUCCAACCACUUCAUCGAGUACGCCACUGGCAGUUGCUCAGAGCGAAGUAACGCCAUCCGCAACACCAAUCACAGGCGAGAACAAUGGAGUUGAUUCUACUGUUCCCUCGGGGACUACAUCGUCACCUCCGAUCCUAGCGACUUCAUCAAACCAGCCAGAGGAGUCAUCUGCAGGCUCUGGAAUAUCUUCUCAACCGAAACUGACGCCUGCACCGGUUGUCGGAGGAGUACUGGGGUCGAUGGGUUUUAUUGCGGUAGUGGCGUUAAUGUUCUGGUUCUUUAGGAGGAAACGGAAGGCCAGAGAGUCACUUCUCACACCCUUAACCACAGGACGACGAAGUUCUUUUUAUGACGCGGACGACAGAUCCCUAGGACCCAGUGGACGUGGAAACAAAUGGAGAACCGAGUUUGGUCACCGCACGGGUCGAGUACGGGAUGUGGGAUCAGAUCUCAAGGCUGGAAUCGUAGCUGUGGGAGUAUCCUUGAAGUCAAAAGUAGUGCGUGAGAGGAGCGAUACUCCCAGUGUCAACCUCAACAGAGGCAAUUCCCAAUUUUUGGAUGGACCGAUCCCACAACACAGCAGGAACAACUCUUCGCUCUCGAAUCCUGCACAUGCCAGCAUCAAGGAGAAGGCAACAGAUUGGUGGGAGCGUCUGAGAGAGAAACUGAGUUUCGGAUGGGGGAGGAACGCUGAGCCAGCAGAUCCUUUUGCCGCUGCACGCGGCAUGACCGAGAAGCGAGCAAAUGCCACGGAUUCACCUGAUUUCUCACAGCUCCUAGGCAUGGACGACAGAGAUCUCCAGAUCCAAGCCGAGAGAAGGAGAGCCUCUCUAGCCGGCAAUACUGGAUCCUUGCCGCAGCUAGGAAGUCUAGGAUUGAACUUCAACACCAGCGACGAUCCAUUCGCAGAUCCCAAGAAGCCAUCCGCAGCAACCAACACAACCACACCAGGAUGGAAACCUCCCAACGCCAACGGAGCAAACCCCUUCGAGGACCCGACACCAAGAACCAAUCCAUUCGCUGACCCAGUCUCCCGCCCAGAUCCAACAAUCCUCAAAUCCAACACCUACAUCGCCGACAUCCGUCGCUCUCGCGGCCAAUCCAUCGAUGCAAGCACCACAGCCAACAAUGCCACAGCGAUGUACAACCGACCCCCAUCGACGAUAGUCCAAUCACGUUACCCGUCCUCGCUGGCACCCAGCCGCGAUAGCUACCGUGACACGGUGUUCUCGUCCUUCUCAGCCAAUGUCCGGAAGGGUAAGGGUCGCUCCGACCCGUUCGACCUCGAGCGCCCAGAACUCUGGAAACCGCGAGACUCAAGCCUGUACCCCAAUCCAUUGAACGGAAUCAAGGAAGGCAAUUCUGGGUCGGCGUAUGCCCAGAAUCAGAGGAUCAUCAGCAACGGGACGUUUACUUCGAAGUAUAGUAGCGGCGUGUCUUCGUUGGGUGAUUGGGGUGAUCCCGGUCCAGAUUUGGGACCGAGUCAGAACAGUAGUAUGAGAGGAAAUGCGAGCUCAAAUGGUGGGAGCGUAGAUUAUACAAUUGGGAAGCUCAGUGGACUGGAGGAUAUGGUGAGGGAGGAGAGGCCGAUGAGUAGGCAGAGUAGUAAGGCGAGUAGCAAGAAUGGGGUUGGGAAGGCGAUGUGAAGAGGAGAGGGGACCUUGCGUGAGCGAGAUGUCAUAACUGUUCUUCUUUUCUCCAAACAGAAACAUGAUUGAGAUAGCGGAGGGAGGACAGACAGGUCAAGGUCGAGCCGAUUCAAGGGCAGAUGGCUGGUUUGUUCGCUGUUGAGCAUGUACAGGAAGACUGGGUGGGCUGUUUUAAUGACUGAUGGAAGGCUGAAUAGGACUAUGGAUCAUGACGCGGCUUGAUUUGGAGAUCGAGAUCGCUUCUCGUCUGGUGAGCUCAAGAGCAGCGAUAAGGGGGCCAAGUACACGGGCUUUUACAUUUACUCUUUUCUUUGAUUUUCAAGCGUGCGUUGGGCAGGCAGGAUACCAGGUGGAUUGAUGGACUGGGGGAGCGCUAGGAGGAGGUACUCAUGGUUCACUUGAAACAGUACUUAAGAGGAGAGGCGCUGAAGCGAGCGGAUAUCACUUUCGCCGAGGUCGCCUUGUAGGGAGUAAGGGGAACUGGGUGGACUCGCUGUGAUGUACCAGGUAGCUUGAGAUAGGACGAAAGUCA